AUGUUAAAUUACCAGAGGGUAUAUCAUGGUAUAUCCAUUUUCAGACACAAAUAUCCGUUGUGCCUUUCUCAGGAUCCGAAGGCUGACUCAGCAGGCACAAGUGCACCUGCUUUGGUUGAGGCACGGUUUUUGUCGGGCUUGACGCUUCAAUCCACAAAGUUAAAGGACACGAAAGAAGAUUCUCCUUCCUUGGAUGCAGAGGAGCGACAGUUUGUAACGUACCAGGAUGGAUCAACCUAUACUGGCAUGAUCAAGGAUGGCAAGCGGCAUGGACAUGGAGUUUGGCAGUCUAAGAAUUGCCAGUAUGAAGGACAGUGGAAGGCUGAUGCGCAAGAUGGACAGGGGCGGCAGACCUGGAGCGACGGACGUGUUUAUGAAGGACAAUUCCAGAACGGUCGCUUUUCUGGAACUGGCAAGAUGGUGUGGCACACUCAAAAGGGCAUGUUGGUCUACGAGGGCCAAUACAAGGAUGAUUUGAAGCAUGGACAGGGCAAAUUCGUGUGGCCUGAUGGUCGGACCUACGACGGUGAGUGGAGCCAAGGCAAACGUCAUGGUGUGGUGCUGAGCAAGAGAAGCAGGAACAUUUGGGCUGGUGUUGUCUUUGAAUGUCUGAUGUUUCAUGGAAGGAUGAGGCGGACCGUUGAAUUUGUGUGUCUCCACCUCUUGUAUCUCUCCGUCCAUCGUUUAUUAUCAUUGAUCCGUUCAAUGGUUAUUAACUGUGGGUAUCCCGGAUCCAUCCAAAUCUACUGUGUUUGGAUAUCGGAAGUAUCGGAUCAACAUGGAUCAACAUCAGUUGCACAACGACGCAAUUUCUCCGUCCACAACACGAGGUCGGGGAACCUACAUCACAGCAAAGGCUGA